AUGUCAUACACCCAAUAUAUCAAUAAAGGCAUCGAGAGCAACGUAUCUUACAGAAAAUAUGAUGCAAUCCCAUCGGAGUUUGACAAGCGAAAUGAAUUUUUUCUAGACCCUACAUCGAGAAAGUACAAUAAGCAAUACUUUUCAAUGUACCAAUACCGAUACAAUAAACUACAACAACGUGUGUAUGCAAAUGCAAUGAAUAAGUGGGGGGAUGGAACGAAGAAGAUUGACAAUCAGACUAUAACCAAACAGAAUAAAAUAUUGGACAUCGAAGGUGGUAAACUUUGCUGGGUAAUUGGAACUGUUUUUGUUGAUGCAAAAUACAAGUUAAACAUUUUGAAUGACGUGGAAAAGGGAACAGAUGACGUUUUGCCUUUGGAACCUGUAUCUUAUUUAGAAGAUGGCGGGCAGCCCAUAGUUAUGUUGGAAGAUGAGUCAGGGAGAGCAGUGUUGCAUAAUGAGGAUUUUUUACAAAAGAAUUUACUUGUCACGGGAUGUAUUGUAGCUGUGUUGGGAAUCGAAAUUCAGGCGGGUAUUUUUGAAAUAAUGGACGUGGUAUAUCCAGAAUGUGCCCCGCAAAAGCCACUUCCUGAUGUUGAUACAAGAUCAGGUAAAAUUGCGUUAGUGUCUGGUCUAAACAUAGGAUUAGGGGGCCAUUAUGAUUUAAAGCUUGAGCUCCUCAAGCAGUAUCUCAUUGGCGAAUUAGGAAGUGAUAAUGAAAAGCUGUUCAACAGUAGUAUUGCUCAAUUGAUUAUAGCUGGUGACUCUAUUGAACCUUUGCAAUUACUUGACGAAGAACAAGAUUUGAAAAACUACAUCACAACCAAUAACUAUGGAUCAAAGAAUAUUUCCAAAUACAACAAUGAGUCAUUGAAGCAAUUGGACCACCUUAUUAAUGAGUUAGUUAUUUCAAUGCCCAUUGCAGUCAUGCCAGGGGACCACGAUCCUGCGGAAAUAUGUCUUCCCCAACAGCCCUUGCACAAAUCCCUAUUUAAAUCAAACCAAUCGGUCCUUGAAACCAAGAGGCUUUGUCGGUUAACAAAUCCAGCAUGGCUUGAAGUGAAUGGUGUAAGGAUGUUGGGCACUAGUGGCCAAAAUGUCAAUGAUGUAAAGAAGUAUGUGACAAAACAAGCGGAUUCUGAUUCAUUAAAAAUUAUUAGAUCGAGUAUGAAGUGGCAGAACUUUGUCCCCACAGCUCCUGAUACGUUAUAUUGCUAUCCAUUUGAAGAUGCCGACCCGUUCAUUCUCGAAACGGAGAUACCUCACAUAUACUUUGUGGGAAACCAAGAUAAGUUUGAAACUGGUACUUACAUCUGCCCAGACUCUGGUGCACAAGUUCGUUUAAUUAGCAUACCGGAGUUCAAGUCUACUGGUGAAAUUGUAGUGCUAGAUUUGGCCACAUUGGAGGUUGAAUCAGUCAAAAUAGAGAUAUAG